AAACUCAACGAGGUGUGCUCCCUGAACGUGUAUUCUAAGUCCCAUGAGGAGGUGGUCCUUAAGGCCAAGCCACUUGCCUUUGCACCAGAGAAACCCUAUGAGCAUUGUGAGCACCAUCACCACAACCACCACAACCACCACCACCAUCACCACCAUCAUCAGACACCCUCUCCAACACCACCCUAUUACUAUAACUCUCCUCCUCCACCGGUGAAGUCUUGGUCUCCACCUUAUCAUUAUACUUCUCCUCCACCACCGAAGUCUUUGCCACCACCUUAUCAUUAUACAUCUCCUCCACCACCGAAGUCAUUGCCUCCACCGUAUCACUAUACAUCUCCUCCACCACCAAAGUCAUUGCCACCACCAUAUCACUACACAUCUCCUCCGCCACCGAAGUCAUUGCCUCCACCGUAUCAUUAUACUUCUCCUCCACCACCGAAGUCAUUGCCUCCACCGUAUCAUUAUACAUCUCCACCACCACCAAAGAACCCACCUUCUAUUCCACCUUACUACUAUAAGUCUCCUCCACCACCCUCACCAUCUCCACCACCACCUUAUUAUUACAAGUCCCCACCACCUCCUUCACCAUCUCCUCCACCACCAUACUAUUACAAGUCCCCACCACCUCCCUCACCAUCUCCUCCUCCUCCCUACUAUUACAAAGUCCCCACCACCUCCCUCACCAUCUCCUCCUCCUCCCUACUAUUACAGCUCUCCCACCACCUCCCUCACCUUCUCCUCCUCACCCCUACUACUACAACUCUCACCACCUCCCAUCACCUUCCUCCCCACCACCUUACUACUACAAAUCCCCACCUCCUCCAUCACCUUCUCCCCCACCACCCUACUAUUACAGAGUCCCCACCACCCCUCCCAUCGCAGUCUCCUCACCACCCCCUAUUACUACAAAUCUCCUCCUCCACCAUCACCAUCCCCACCACCACCCUAUUACUACAAAUCUCCUCCUCCACCAUCACCAUCCCCACCACCUCCUUACUACUACAAAUCUCCUCCCCCACCAUCACCCUCACCACCACCUCCCUUACUACUACAAGUCACCUCCUCCCACCAUCACCCAUCACCACCACCCUUUACUACUGA